AUGGAAGCUAUGUUUUCAUGUGGCAGAGUUGCAUUUGCAAUUAUAACAAUAUUAUGCUGCUUCACUUCCCCUGCAAUUGCAUGCCCCUUCCCUGAAAGAAAUCUUCUCCUGGAUUUCAAGGCAGCCGUUGUAGAUGAGUAUAACACUCUAACUUCCUGGCACGGAUUCAAUUGCUGCACGUGGAGAGGAGUCAGUUGUAAUCUCCGCACAGGCCAUGUUUCUCGACUGGAUCUGAGUGGAUUCAAUUUGGAAGGUAACAUCAGUUCAUCGCUGUUCCAACUUGCACGGUUGGAGCACCUCGAUCUCAGUCACAACCUCUUCAAGGGUAAAUUCAGUCCUCCCCAUAAUCGAAAGUUGAAGAGUCUCACUUUUCUUGACUUGUCAUUUGCUGGUUAUGAAAAUUAUUCCUCUCUGGAUUCUGUAUGGGAAUUUUAUGUGAGUUUGGAAAGCUUAUCAAAUCUGGCGAGCUUGGAAUACCUCUCUCUUGCUGAAGUGAACAUCUCUGCAAGCAAAGAGUGGGGUGAAGCUGUUGGCAGUCUAUCCAACCUCCAACAACUGAGCAUGUCUGACUGUGGGCUUGGAGGACAAAUUCCCAAUUCCCUUCUCAACCUCACCUCUCUGCUUCAUCUGGAUCUAUCAGACAACUAUUUGUCAGCACAUAUACCAGCUUGGUUUGAAAAUGUGACUGGGCGCUUGCUCUCUCUUGAUCUCUCUUGGAAUGAGAAUCUUGGAGGAGACAUUUCUUUCAUUGGACAACGAAAGUCUUCUUUGUCACUAACCAGCAUUGGUCUUUCAAUGACAGCCAUCAAGGGCCGAAUUCCAUCUGCUAUAUGGAAUAUCUCAUGCUUGGAGCAUCUUCGUCUUUCAUAUACCAGAAUUGAAGGUGAGAUUCCAGCUUCUAUAGGGAAUUUGUUGUCCUUGCAAAGUCUUGAUCUAUCAGAUACCAGGAUUGAAGGUGAGAUUCCAGCUUCUAUAGGGAAUUUGUUGUCCUUGCAAAGUCUUGAUCUAUCAGAUACCAGAAUUGAAGGUGGGAUUCCAUCUGCUAUAGGGAAUGUGUCGUCCUUGAAGAGUCUUUAUCUGUGUGAUAUCUCUAUUGAAGGUGAGUUUCCUGUCUCCAUACUCAAUCUCUCUAAACUUGUUGAAUUGGACCUGUCCUACAACAUGAUAACUGGGGUAAUCCCAGCUUCAUUGGACUCACUUUCUUCCCUUGUUAGUCUUGACCUUAAUGCGAACGAAUUGAAUGGUAAGAUUCCAUCUACAAUUUCAAAUCUUGUUAACUUAAGAAGCCUUUUGCUCCACUCCAAUAGUUUAAGCGGCCUCAUUUCCCUUUCCGUAUUCGAUAAUCUCACUAGUCUUGAUAGGCUGUAUCUUUCUUACAAUCAGUUAACUGUAAACAUUGAUUCAACAUGGAUUCCGGAGUUUACGCUUUCCGGUUUGGCAUUAGGUUCUUGCAAUUUAGAUAGAAUUCCAUCGUUUCUUGUGACCCAAUACGACUUGGAAUAUCUAGACCUAUCUGCUAACAGUAUCCAAACAAAUAUUCCAUCUUGGAUAUGGAACUUACCCAGCCUUUAUGAUUUGAACCUUAGCUGUAAUCAAUUAACUGGGUCAUUGCCUCUAGACAAACCUUACCUAUGUAUAUUGACUCUCUAG